AUGGAAGAAUGGGGGCAGUGUGAUACAUCUGAUUCAAAGGAUAAUAAAUUACUUUGCUUUGUCCAUACACUUUCACCAGUGAAAAAAGCUACAAAUUCUGGCAGACAAUAUUUUCACUGCACACUUCAGACAAAAAAUAAGGCAGUAAGAGCAGUAUGCUUUUUCCCAGAAAAACAUGAGAAGUUUCAGUCCAGUGAACAAAGCAAAAGUCCAUUAAAGCUAGAAAAUUGCAAGCAACCUGAGAAGCUAAGGAAGCAAGAACUUAUUAUCCGAGACAAUACAGGUUCCAUUGAACUUGUUCUUUGGAAUGAGUAUGUUGACCUGCUGGAAGCUCACAAGACAUAUAUUCUAACAAACUUGAGACUAAAGGAGUCAAAGCACUUUAACACAGCAAAGUCAGAAAAAUUCUCAUAUGAAGAGACUACAGCAUUCAUCCAACCUUUGGUAGAAAUUGAAGAGGAUGUCAAGCAACUGACAACAUCAAGUGCGUUUGCAAAAAUCAUUGGUUUUCAGAGUGCAACAAGAAACCUGCUCUGUGCAUCCUGCAACAAAAAGGUAACACAAAAGGCUGGAUCGAAGGUAGGCAGUUGUGAAGGAUGCAAACUGAUGCAAAAAAUCAGUGCCUGUAAAUGUAACUGGAAUGUUAGAAUUUUGUUUGAAACCAGUGAGCUGAAAAAGACUCGUUUGACUAUCUUCAAUAAUCAUUGCUUGCAAAAAUUGUUAAACCUUGAAAUGUCCAUCUGUGACCUAAAUUCAACAACUGAAGAUGAUCUGGUUCUUGCUUUACUUGGAUUUGAAAGCACAUACAAAGUCACAUAUGACAACAUUGAAAAUACUGUUAUAGAUAUUGAGUUAGAUAAACUUUGA